AAAUGCCAGCUAGUGAUAAGAUUAAUCAUAAGUGAUAGUGGAGAGAGCUGCAUUUGUAUUUUAUUUUUGGAUUUUUUUAGUGGUGGGUUGUAAAUAGAGGCUUGGCGAAGCGAUGCUUGUUCUUGUCGGCAUGAGCAAGGUAUUCAGCUGGGAGCUCUAAAAGGGGGAUCUUUCUCUGUGCAAACAGCCCCCCACACCCCACCUGGCACUGGUUGUGCACACAGGAAGAUUAAAUUGCAGACUUGAGGCUCUGGACCAACUCACACCGUCAGCAUUUUACUGCUCCUUAUGGUGUAGCUGGUGAUUGUUCUGAGAAGAGAGAAGAUGAUGAGUGAUGCAAGUGACAUGCUCGCUGCAGCCCUGGAGCAGAUGGAUGGCAUUAUAGCAGGUUCCAAGGCGCUGGAAUACUCCAAUGGCAUCUUUGACUGCCAGUCCCCCACCUCCCCGUUCAUGGGGGGCCUGCGGGCCCUGCACCUGGUGGAGGAUUUGCGGGGCUUGCUGGAGAUGAUGGAGGCGGAGGAGAGGGAGGGGCUGCGCUGCCAGGUGCCCGACUCCACGGCCGAGGCGCUCAUCGAGUGGCUCCAAAGCCAAAUGACUAAUGGACACAUAUCUGGGAAUGGAGAUGUUUAUCAAGAAAGGCUGGCUCGUCUGGAAAAUGAUAAGGAAUCUCUUGUUCUGCAAGUCAGUGUGCUUACAGACCAGGUGGAGGCCCAAGGAGAAAAGAUCCGGGAUCUGGAGUUCUGCCUGGAGGAGCACAGGGAGAAGCUGAAUGCCACAGAGGAGAUGCUGCAGCAGGAGCUUUUAAGCAGAACAACUCUUGAAACUCAGAAGCUGGAUCUUAUGGCAGAGAUUUCCACUCUGAAAUUAAAGCUUACAUCUGUAGAGAAGGAUAGAUUGGACUAUGAGGACAGGUUCAGAGACACAGAGGAUUUGAUCCAGGAAAUAAAUGAAUUGCGGUUGAGGGUGGGAGAAAUGGACAAUGAAAGACUCCAGUAUGAGAAAAAACUGAAAACAACCAAAUCUUUAAUGGCCAAACUUUCUAGCAUGAAAAUCAAAGUGGGUCAGAUGCAGUAUGAAAAGCAGCGGAUGGAGCAAAAAAGCCAGAUGCUAAAGGAUGAGCUGUCAGCUCUGAAAGACAAACUAGAGCAGAAGGAAGCCGAGGUGAAAAGGUUGCACGAGAAACUGGUUUGCAAGCUGAAAGGAGAAGGGAUUGAAAUCCUGGACAGAGAUGAAAAUUGUAAAAAGAAGCUCAAAGAUAAAAAUAUAGAGGUACAGAAAAUGAAGAAGGCGGUAGAAUCUCUAAUGGCAGCAAAUGAAGAGAAGGAUCGGAAGAUAGAAGAGCUUCGGCAAUCUCUGAAUAGGUACAAGAAAGUCCAAGACAUGGUGAUACUGGCUCAAGGUAAAAAAGGCAAGGAAAGUGAAGGUGAAGAUUUGAAUUCAGGGUCUGUUUCCACUGGUUUAUUGGACACACCAAGUCUGGGUGACCCAGAGAAAAGCCCAUCCCCAACCCCAGUAACAGCAUCUCCAAUCCAUGAUGAGUUCAACAUGAAUAUUCAUGAAGAGAAUUCCUUACAGAUCCACACCAGCAUUUUACAGAUUUCAGUCCCUUCCUUUUCAUCAGCAUCCAAGAGCUCAGAAACUGUUGCAGAGAGACUGAAAACACACCCUAGGCCAGAUCCUGCAAGUGAAAUGAGUGAAGGAAGAUCAACAGGUUCAUCCCCUGAAACUCAUCUGUGUGAUAGCCCAGUAACUUCCACACUGCAGAAGUCCAGCAGUCUGAGCAGUCUGAGGAAGGAGGCAUCUGAAGUGGACAGAGACUGUGCACAGAAGCCAGCAGAGCAGGUUAAACCUGUGGAAGGCAAUAAUUUUGCAACCCUACCUCCCAAGUCUCCUUCUCACGGUGGCACAGGUGACGAGGACAGUUUUGGCACCCGCAAAGCCAGAUCUUCCUUUGGCCGAGGCUUUUUCAAGAUAAAAAAUAACAAGAGGACUGCAAGUGCCCCCAAUCUGGAUCGCAGUCGAAGUGCCAGUGCACCUACCUUAGCUGAAACAGAGAAGGGAUCUGCAGACCACUUGGAUCUGGCUGGCUUGCCCCCUCGCCCAAAAGAAGCAGAUAGUCUGCAGAUGACACCACCUUCUCCAGAUUCCAGGAAAAAGGCCAGGGGAAUCAAGAAGUUGUUUGGAAGGCUAAAAAGAAGUCAGUCCACCACCUUCAACCCAGAUGACAUGUCUGAGACGGAGUUCAAGAGAGGAGGGACAAGAGCCACGGCAGGGCCCUGCCUGGGCUGGUCUCGGGACCUGGGGCAGUCCCACAAUGAGCUGGACAUGCCAUUUGCAAAGUGGACCAAGGAGCAGGUUUGCAACUGGCUCCAGGACCAAGGGCUUGGCUCUUACAUCAAUAAUGGCAGGCACUGGAUAUUGUCUGGGCAAACACUUCUGCAGGCUUCUCAGCAGGAUCUGGAAAAGGAGCUUGGGAUAAAGCACCCUUUGCAUCGGAAGAAGCUCCAGCUUGCGCUGCAGGCACUGGGAUCUGAAGAGGAAAACAACCAUGGAAAACUGGAUUACCACUGGGUUACCAGGUGGCUGGAUGACAUUGGCCUUCCCCAGUAUAAGACCCAGUUUGAUGAGGGGAAGGUGGAUGGUCGCAUGCUCCACUACAUGACUGUGGAUGACCUGCUGUCCUUGAAGGUCAUCAGUGUGCUUCACCACCUCAGCAUCAAAAGAGCCAUCCAGGUUUUGAGAAUAAACAACUUUGAGCCCAACUGCCUGCGCAGGAGGCCGUCUGAUGAGAACAAUGUGACACCUUCCGAGGUGACCCAGUGGACCAACCACCGCGUGAUGGAGUGGCUGCGCUCCGUGGAUCUGGCAGAGUACGCGCCCAACCUGCGGGGCAGCGGAGUGCACGGGGGGCUCAUGGUUUUGGAGCCCCGUUUCAAUGUAGAAACCAUGGCCCAGCUGCUGAACAUCCCACCCAACAAGACCCUGCUGAGGAGACACUUGGCCACUCAUUUCAACCUCCUGGUGGGGCAGGAGGCCCAGCAGCAGAAGCGUGAAGCCAUGGAGUCCCCAGACUACGUCCUCCUGACAGCAACUGCCAAAGUCAAGCCAAAGAAACUUACCUUCAGCAAUUUUGGGAGCCUGAGGAAGAAGAAGCAGGAUGAUGUGGAGGAGUAUGUGUGUCCAAUGGAGCUGGGGCGGGCAUCUGGCAGUGGAUCAAAGAAGGGCUUUAAGCCUGGCCUGGAUAUCCGAGUAUACGAUGAUGAUGAUUUGGACAGGCUGGAGCAGAUGGAAGAUUCAGAAGGGACAGUGAGGCAAAUAGGAGCAUUUUCUGAAGGCAUCAACAACUUGACACACAUGCUGAAGGAAGAUGAAAUGUUCAAAGACUUUGCCACUCGCUCUCCUAGCACCAGUAUAACAGACGAGGACUCCAACGUGUGACAGUCACCACCAGGCACUGACAAAGGCUCGUUCUCCUGCGUGCAAGGACAUCCCUGUUCCACGUAACAGGCAGCAGAUCAUGGACUUUGCAUUGCUCUUGCUUCUGUUAGAAGUAACACUGAGGGGUGGAGAAUUUUAAAGAGAAAAGGAGAAAAAAACAAGGUGCCUACUUAAGUUGCCAUAAAAACCACCCAGACACUGGUGAAUGGUAAUCGUUUUAACUCUAUUUAAUGUACAAACUGGUGAUAUGUUUCAGAGUGUUGCAUUGAAAUUGAUGUGGUAUGAUAGUGCUCCUUUUGCUUAUUCAUGGCCUCAGAUAAUCCUUUACACUGUUUGAAAAGAACAAGGUGUUAGGUAAAAGCGCUGCAUCUGUAGAUAGCGCGCAUCAGCUCUCUGCGCUCUCCGCUGAAAAAUAGAAAUUACUGCUCUUUUCUAGGUGCUUUCCUUUGGCACAAACACCAGUUCAGCCCUAUCCAAUGUAGGAUUUUAGUCAUCUGUGCCCUGUGUAAGCUCCCCAGUAGCUCUUGACUGUUGCUCCUAUUUUUAUACUGUUUUAUAAGAAAAAAAAAA